AAAAGUAACUCUUACUCUAUUUGAUGGUGUAAUGAUAUUUAAUUUGACUUGGGGUUAAAGCAGGUAAAUUCUUAGAGAAAGAAGACAAACUCACGAAUCACGAAAUUUUUCAAGUAGGAGGAUUCAGCCACGUUAUGAUUUGGAUGAAUAUGCUCAUUAGCAUAGGGAUCCGCGGUCUGAUUGAAAAGUCACAAAAUGAAUCUGGAAAUGUGGGCGUGGCUUAUGACGUAAAAGAAAUAUGACAAAUUAUGGUGCCUAGGUUGCAGUAGGUCCAUGCUAGGUGGCACCCUUUGGAUUCUUGAAGAAGCCCCUUUCAUAAACCCAUCCUCCUUAAAUUGCGUUCACAAACUCCGAAAAUAAUCCGCACUAUUUUUUACGAGCGCCCGUCCUGAAAAAGGCGGAUAAUCGUCAUGGCAACUGCACACACCCCCUCCGAUGGGGUUGUGUUGGAAAAGGGUGACCUUGUGACUGCACCAUGGCAAUUAUCCGCAUCAGUGGCGUACCGUGGGUCACGGCAUUAGGGGGCACCAGAAAUUUGUUUGAGUCACUAAGUGAGCCAGGUAUACUGACCUAAUAGAGAUAUUUUAAGAACAGUGCCAUUAAACGGAUAUGUCUCUCACUGGUCAAAUAAUGCAAGCGCGAAGCGUGAGCUUAAAAUUUUUGAUAUUCAGACCUAAAAAGGGACAUUAUAAUCAAUCUUUUGUAAUCAUGAUACGUACCUGUCUCGCUAGAUAAUGCGAGCGCGAAGUGCGAGCUGAAAUUUUUGUAAAUAUUGACCCCCAAACAGGAAGAUUUUAAGGACUACAUUUUAGGAAUCCAUUAAGAGUAUACACAUCUCACCAUAGCCAUCUAAUGUGAGUGCCAAUAAUCGCUUGCUGAUUUGUUAGAAUUACAUCUAAACAUGCACAUAAAGCACUUAUAAUCAUGAUUAACAUACCCAUCUCACUAAUCCAAUCUUGCGAGCGCGAAGCGCGAGCCUGAAAAUUUUUGAUAUUCAGGUUAGAAAAAGGGACAUUUUAAAGACUGAUUCUAGGAAUUCUUGGAGAGCAGACAUAUUUCACCGAUCCACUACUGCGAACGUAAGCACGGACAGGAAAUGUUUAUAUUAAGACCUUAAAAUUGGGCAGUCAUUUUAAGUAGUCAUGAAAAAGAAGCAUGCUAUUGUACAUAAAACAAUAAUAACUCGAAGUGCGAGGAAAUAUAUUUGGCAGUUUGGUUUAUAUUGACUUGAAAACGGGAGGUUUUAGUAUAACAGGAUUAUAUAUCUCGGUAAACAUACAAUGCGAGCACCAGGAACAAUGAAGACAUAGGCCAUAAGCAAAUUAUGUUUCAUAAAGUUAUGACCAAAAAAAAUGUAUUAUAUAAUAUAACAUAACAUAAUUAUGAUAUAAUAUAACAUUAUAAUGAACAAUAAUGUCUUCUUUCCAACUACGUUUCUCUUCCUUUCUUCCUCUUUUUCUCCUUUUCCCCGUUUUUUUGUCAGCCGAUUGGGGGGGGGGGGGUGGGAGGGGGCACGUGCCCCCCAUGCUCCCCGUAUUAACGCCACUGAUCGGCAUUACUUUGGAAAUGCGUUCAUAAAGUCAAAAUCUGGUCCCGAUGCCGCUAUUAUGCGGAUAAUUGCAACAUCAAAAUAAUGCGGAUAACUCUGGUCCCGCUCCGAUUUUACGACCAGAUUGUGCUGCUAUUAUCCGCAUAAUUGGGUUUAUGAAAGGGGUACUCUGAACACACACACAAAAAGGCAUACAUACCCCACUUGACAGUUAUGCACAAAUUUUGAUCAUAUCUACCAGAAAAUCACGGAAGGUGUACAUGAUAGGUUGGUUGCGUAGCCGACCACAAAUAGACAAGAACUGCAGCGAAAAAAGGUAUACAUUUUCCCAUUAACCAUGUUAAUUGAAAGAGAUUACAUGAUAUCCUAAUCAGGCGCUAUGUUCUAAACCUAAACAUUUUUUGUUCUAUUACAGAAGAGCCUGCUAUUCCUCCAAACUUCAAUUCAUUCUGGUGGAUUAUUUCAUAUUAUGCUACUUGAUGAGACGCUGCUGGAAGAGAUAUAGGUGGUUCCGACUUUCGCUGCAAAAAGAGCAGCGUUGAAACUACUUAAAACAUAAUCGAAGGUGUAGAAUCAUUGACAAACGUCGAACAGAGAUAUUUGCAAGAUAUCAGUUAUAUCAUGUCACGUUAUUGCAUGUAUGCAUUGUGUAAUUAAUACAUAAUUUGUAUAGAUCUCUCUACCAUUGUCAUUUACAUUUUUCAAAACAUUCAAACGGAUCUUAGAAUUCGUCCUUUUUAAACAGAUUAUUGGUAUUGAAGGUGUAUUAAAAAUGGCUACAUCCAGGGAAGAAAUGAAGGAAAUAAACAUUCUCCUUCUGGGUGAGACCGGUGUCGGUAAAUCAACAUGGAUAAAUGGGUUUCGUUGCUACCUUAAUUUUCCCACCUUUAAUGAUGCAACGAUGGCUGAUGAUUUUCAAGUAUUGAUUCCAGCCUGUUUGACAAAGUAUAUAAAUGGUAAAUACACAUGUAUACAGGUAGGAAUACCGAAUGAAAAUGAAGUGCAAGAGGCCGGUAAAUCAGGCACUCGGGAGCCUAAGACAUAUGAAUUUGUUAUUGGGGAUAAGAUAUUACGUUUAAUUGACACACCUGGUAUUGGUGAUACAGCUGGGACCGAACAGGAUAAAAAAAAUAUGGACAAAGUACUGUGCCACCUUACUUCCUUUUCCAAGAUUAAUGCGAUAUGCAUACUCUUCAAGCCAACAAUAACCAGGCUUACACCCGCAUUCCAAUUCUGUAUCCAGGAACUGCUUGUCCAGUUGCACAAUUCAGCAAGGAACAAUAUUGUUUUCUGUUUCACGCAUGCUCGGUAUUCCUCUUACACCCCGGGUGACUCAUUGCCUAUUCUUAUUAAAGAGCUAUCGUCUUGCAGAUUUGAUCUCACAGCAAAAUUUGAACACAGCUUUUUUUUCGAUAACGAGUCGUUCCUUACUCUUGCCUGCAGUAAGAAUGGCAUCCAGCUCAACCAACACGAAAUUGCCACAAUGUCGAGUUGUUGGAAUAAGUCUGUCAAAGAAACAGGACGUCUCCUAUCGUACAUUGUCAAUAUGACGCCGCACGAUUUGAAACAAACCAUUGGAAUGAAUAAUGCCCGUAGAACCAUAUUAGUAAUGGCUAAACCGUUAGCAGAUGUAACAAACCUAAUAACUCAAAAUCUUGAGCUAGGUGAAGAAAUUAAAAAGAGAGUUCUUGAGGCAGAUCAAGAAAUCGAUCCAUUGCAAGAAUGUCAAAGUAUCAAAGUGUAUGACAUUGAAAGAAAAGAACUGGAAUAUAACAGAACAGUGUGUACUGCCCCUGCAUGCAUCAGGUAUGUCCAAGUUGGCGAGUCAAAGGAAAAACAGGUAGACUACAAGACAAUCUGUCAUGAUCGUUGUCACAUUCCCAAUAUAAUUGGCAUCUUGGUCGGUAGCAAAAAACUCCUUUUUUGCAAAUCUUUACUUGGCGGAAAAUGCAAACAUUGCACCCACGGGUACAAAGAGCAUAUGCACAUCACCUACGAGACAAAACUCAUAGAAAAUGAUUUUUUUUCUACAAUUAUGAAAACUGAAUAUACGAAACUUUCCAAUCUGAAAGAAAUGAAGGAAUCAAUGUUAGCUGAUAUUGACAGGCAUGUUGAAGGUUUGCGAAAGGAACAAAAGGCCAUUAUCAAAGCUGGCGCUAAAUUUGGCUCCUUUCUUAAACAAACUGCUCUUGUUCCAUACAAUGAUGCCAUAGUUGACCAUCUGAGUAUGGCAAUCAACCAUGAGCAAUACAAUCCUGAUAGAAACGAAAAAUUGCUAAAGAACAUGGAAAAUCUAAAAAACGAAUAUGAAAAUGAAAUAAAGAUACUUGACGAAGCACUUAAGGGAGAGGUCCAUGAAACUACGAGGACAUUAGAAGAUGUCAGACAGGUUAAAGAAGAGUUAUUUACACUUCCUAUUAACGGACCAAAACUGAAAAAGCUGUUUGAGGGUGUAGCCAUCGAGCACAUGUCGAGUCAUGGGUCUUUCCCAAAGCAAACUGUAAAUGAAAGUGAUACGGAGGGUAACAGGGUAAAGACCUUUUGGGAAAAGUAUAUAUCGUCGGUGGAUGUUUUGGCUGGUUCAAGUUUAUGA